CACAGCGCACUUGCUCUCGCUCGACCGCGCUCCCGCCCCGCAGUCCUCACCAACCCUACGGAUCCUAGCCACCGCCAGCCUAGGAGGGCAUCAGGAUGAAGGCAGCCCGUUUCGUGAUGCGCAGCGCCAGCUCGCUGGGCAACGCCGGCCUGGUCCCCAGGGAGGUCGAGCUGUUCUCCCGCUACAGCCCGUCCCCGCUGUCCAUGAAGCAGCUGCUGGACUUCGGUUCAGAAAAUGCCUGUGAGAGAACUUCUUUUUCUUUUCUUCGGCAAGAAUUGCCCGUCAGACUUGCCAACAUCCUGAAGGAGAUUGACAUCCUCCCUGAACGCUUAGUGAACACCCCUUCCGUCCAGCUGGUGAAGAGCUGGUACAUCCAGAGCCUGAUGGAUUUAGUGGAGUUCCACGAAAAGAGCCCAGAAGACCAGAAAGCUCUAUCAGACUUUGUAGACACGCUGGUCAAAGUUCGAAACAGACAUCAUAAUGUGGUCCCUACGAUGGCACAAGGGAUCCUGGAGUACAAAGACAACUGCACCGUUGACCCCGUUACCAAUCAAAAUCUUCAGUAUUUUUUGGACCGGUUUUAUAUGAACCGCAUUUCUACUCGGAUGCUCAUGAACCAGCACAUCCUCAUAUUCAGUGACUCAAAGACAGGAAACCCAAGCCACAUUGGGAGUAUCGACCCCAACUGCGAUGUGGUAGCAGUAGUCGAAGAUGCCUUUGAGUGUGCAAAGAUGCUCUGCGAUCAGUAUUAUCUAACGUCGCCAGAAUUAAAGCUCACACAAGUCAAUGGAAAAUUUCCAGGCCAACCAAUCCACAUCGUGUACGUUCCUUCACACCUUCACCACAUGCUCUUUGAACUAUUCAAGAAUGCCAUGAGGGCCACGGUCGAGCAUCAAGAAAACCGCCCUUCCCUGACACCAGUCGAGGCCACCGUCGUCUUGGGAAAAGAAGAUCUUACAAUCAAGAUUUCUGACCGAGGAGGCGGUGUUCCUCUGAGGAUUACUGACCGCCUCUUUAGUUACACAUACUCCACUGCUCCAACGCCUGUGAUGGACAAUUCACGGAAUGCCCCUUUGGCUGGUUUUGGUUACGGCUUGCCGAUUUCCCGUCUCUACGCCAAGUAUUUUCAAGGAGAUCUGAAUCUCUAUUCCAUGUCAGGCUAUGGGACAGAUGCCAUCAUCUACUUAAAGGCUUUAUCAUCUGAGUCUAUAGAAAAACUCCCCGUCUUUAACAAGUCAGCCUUCAAACAUUAUCAGAUGAGUUCUGAGGCUGAUGACUGGUGUAUCCCAAGUAAGGAACCAAAGAAUCUGUCGAAGGAGAAACUGGCAGUGUGACGGGGAUCUCGCCUGGCACUUUACGGGAUCAAAGUGGGUCUACGGCAGUGCUGCUUCGUGAAUGUGUGUGGACUCUUGUUUCCGCAAAACA